AUGGAGAACUCAACCCAAGUCAAGUUCUUUUAUCUCUUUGGCUUACAAGAGACAUUUAUCAACAAAUCGGUCUAUUUUACCUUGUCUCUUAUCACAUACCUUCUCAUCAUCACUGUGAAUCUGACUCUGAUCAUAACAAUCAUUCAGCAGAAAGGUCUCCAUGAGCCCAUGUAUAUCUUUCUGUGUAGUUUAUGUAUCAAUGGAUUGUAUGGAACUGCUGGUUUCUACCCCAAGUUCUUACUGGACCUUCAGUCAGAUGUUCAGGUGAUAUCUUAUGGUGGAUGUUUCACUCAAGCCUAUGUAAUAUACACAUCUGUCAUGUGUGAACUUUCUACUCUAACAGUGAUGUCUUAUGACAGGUAUGUGGCAAUAUGUAGACCACUACUAUACCAUAACAUUGUGACAUCUUUAACUAUUAGAAAGUUACUCUUAUUGUCUUGGUGUUAUCCUUUAUUUAUAGCACUCAUAGCAGUUAGUUUAGCCGUCAGACUUCCUUUGUGUGGAUCUCGCAUUGAUAAGAUCUUCUGUGACAUUCCGUCUAUACUGAAACAUGCAUGUUUACCCAUUACCAUCAAUCAGAAUUUGAACAAAUUUGUAAUAGUGGUUCAUGUUUUACAGUUACUUUACAUUGUAUUUUCUUACUGUCAGAUUGUAAGGACUUGUGUAAAGUCAGCUAAGGGAAGGAUUAAGUUCACACAGACAUGUGUGCCACAUUUAAUAACAAUGGUUAUUUUCAUCACAGUGACCCUGUUUGACACGUUGCAAGGGUGGAAUAGUAGUGUAAAUAUUACGCUAAAUAUGCGUAAUGCAAUGGCUGUGCAAUUCCUUGUUAUACCACCUGUCUUUAACCCUCUCAUAUAUGGACUUAACCUCCAGCAGAUUCGAAGGGCCAUUUUUAGAAAGUGUAAUGCACAUAAAAUCAUUGAUAUGAGACGUUAG